GUCUAACACAACAGCUCGAGAAGCCCAUUAGUCCUCGCCCUGCGUCUCCCCUCCUGCAGCCGCACAGGGCCAGUGUAUCAACCAGCAUCACCACUGCUACACGAGAGGGGAUAUCAUCAUAGGCGCAGGUUCACGCGGUGGCGCACGCGCUUUUUUUUUUGGAGAGAGCGCGCCGCGCAUGUAUCAGGGGCUCGUUGGUCUGCGCGGCGAGCAGAGAGUCAGUGCCGCAAGUGAAGAGGGACUCAUAAGUUACCAGCAUCGGCGUAGCUUCAGCAAGACGCACAGCAGAGCAGCUUCUCAGGCGGGUGGAGUGUCGGGUAGGGAGUUGGAGAGAGAGAAAAAGAAGGCGGAAAAGCAGAAGGAUGCUGAUCCGAGUCUUGGCGGGAGCUCCAGCUUCACCUCAUCAGCGCCAACGCGGGAACCUCUUCUAACUUUGAACGCGUUUAAGUUUAUCGCGGCUGCUCUGUUCUCUGCUCACCUGCCCACCUGCCAUGCUCGGCCCGUUCAUCCACAGCGCGCUCUUCCUGUGCGCCUUCCUCCAGCUGUUCUCCCUGCCCGCCGGACAGGUGCCAAACUGCCAGGAGGUGCGCACGGUCUUUCACUCUCUGCAUCCGGGCUCCAAGUGGGUCCCCGAAAACCCAGUGUCAGGUGCGGAUCUGCAGGUUUGCCAAACCAAAGGCCUGACCUGCUGUUCUAAGAAGAUGGAGGAGCGGUAUCAGGUGGCUGCACGCAGCAACAUGGAGUCUGGCCUGCAGGUUGUCAGUGCUCAACUCAAACACCUCAUCAUCCAGAAUGCUGCCAUAUUCCAAGAGGCCUUUGACCUGGUGCUGCGUCACGGCCGUAACUCCACCCUGACCAUGCUGAAAUCAGAGUUCCCGGGUCUGGGAGCGGGAGCCCAGAGCUCUGUGGGGCAGCUCUUCCUGGACAUGUCUCUCUACAUCCUGGGCUCAGACUCCAUAGUGGAGUACAUGGUGGAGGUGCUCUACGGUCGCCUUUUCCCCCUGACAUACCGCCGCCUGCUGGGGGGCAGCGUAUCCUCUGUGUCUGAUGAGUGCAUAAGAGGAGCCUGGAAGGACUCAGGAGCAUUUGGCCCUUAUCCCAAACUGAUGAUUACCCGUCUGUCUCGCUCCCUCCUGGCCACAAGAGUCUUCCUGCAAGCACUGAACCUGGGCAUUGAAGUUGUCAACACCACCGACCACCUGCGGCCCGGCAGGGACUGUAGCCGGGCCCUGCUGAGGCUGUGGUAUUGCCCACACUGCCAGGGCAUGCUGGGGCCGCCAGCUUGCAAAGGCUUCUGUCAGGCGGUGAUGCACGGCUGCCUGGGGGGAGCGUCCGAGGUGCAGCCUCACUGGAGGAGCUACGUAGACGGACUGGGGAAGCUGGCUGGUGCCAUGAGGGGAGAGCACGACAUGGAGGCUGUUGUCCUGAGGCUGCCUGCAAUGAUCAAACUGGCUGUCAAGCACGCUGUGAACGCCCGCACCCGUCUCAAUGCCCUGGUGAGCGGGAUGUGUGGAAACGCUCCCCAGCGAGCCUCUCGCUCGGUCCGAUCCCCUCCUCCCCAGCUUCCUGCUGCCUCAACAGCCCGCAACGCACAGCCCUCAUCCGCGGACUCUGAUGAGACUUUGGCUGGGCUCCGCAGGGAGUUCAUAUCCAACCUGAGGGGCUUCAGCUCCUUCUACAGUGGUCUCGGGGAGGCGCUGUGCAGCCGUGAGCCUGCUCCAGUGAACCACUCCCUCUGCUGGAAUGGGCAGGAGAUGACAGACAGGUUUCCUGGACCUGGCCUGAAGCGAUCGCACUCUGAGUCCCGAAGCAACAAGCCCCCGGAGCCAAUCAUCAGCCAGAUUAUAGACAAACUCAAACACAUCAACCAGCUUCUGCAGCUGGUGACGGUAUCUGAGAAACGCUGGAGAGCCCGGUCGCGUGGAGGCGGAGGUGGGGUGGACAGGUGGAACGACGACGGUGAAGAGGGGUUCGAGAGUGGUGACUGUGACGAUGAAGAUGAGUGUGCCGGAGUGUCAGGGCUGGGGCCGCCACCGAGACGUAAACGGUUGCGCAUCUUUUCAGACUUGGCGGAUAACCUGGCAAUGGACGACUUCACCUUCCAGGAGCAGCUCCUGACCCCUCGCUUAGCCACAGCUGGGGUUGGAGGCGUCUCCUCACCUGCGGCUCCGCUGUGGAGGAGCUACCUGGUGCUGACGCUCCCCGGGAUGCUUUCUCUGAUCCUGAUUUGUCUCCACUGACCAGUGCACUCACACACUCCCAUCACCUCUUUACCUUAGGAUUCAAUACAAACUCUGUGGGAUGGGGCAAACUUCUUUUGUUUAAUUUUUUUUGUUUGUUUUUUUUUGUUAAUGGAAGCACGGACAACAAAAAAAAGGCUACAUUUAUCUGUCUCAGCAAGAAGCUGUGUCAUGUUAUUCAAAAUCAUUGGAUGUUCCCUACAAACUUAUAAAAGCACACCAGAUAAACCAGUGGCAAUGUGUAAAUAAGAAACUUGACCUCUGGGACACUCCCACUACCCUUAAUACAACUUUUAUGCCCGCUUGUUUCACCUCCUCUCUGCUCUCAUACUGACUUCUGUAUAACAACAAAGUGACGGAUCUGCUCAUCAUUUGACUUUUUUGUUGCGCACCCGCAAGAGGGGAGCUACUUGGAGAACAGACAAACAGACCUUUUUAAAAUGCUCCCAGUCUCCAACUAGUUAUUGCCUUGCAGAAACAAGUCGGAAGAAGAAGAAAACUUUUACUGCUCUCCCCCAUUGGCAGUAAACGAUUUUCUCCUGCUGGGGAGCUGCUGUGAACUCCUUAUCCCCAGACGCCCGUGUUAAAUCCUUAUUUGUACUUUGAAAUGCUCUGUUACAACUUAAAACACCCUCUUUCUUUCUCAUCGUUUGUGUCCUCUUGAUGACUAAAUUAUUUCACUCCCACCAACAGUAAAGACUUUUUUAACAGUAACAGCCCUGAGAUAAAAAAAAAAAAACUUAACAAAAAUAACAUUGAGGUUACAUCUCCAAAUCAGCCUGAUAACUGUACAGAUGUAUGUUUCUCUGUGUUGAAAUAGUGGCAUAUUCCACAAGAAAAUGUGGACUGAAUUAUUGCUUGGACUGUGAAGCAUUGCUGUGCACUGUGGGUAAAGCGCAGAGUAAUAUGAGACAUAAUGUGUAAAAAUGUGUGUAAAUUAAUUUUGUAAUGUUAGUUUGCUUUGGCUACGCGUUUUUAGAGUCUGGCCUUUGUAUUUAAUUUUCGUUUGAACCAGAAGUCAGAUUUUUUAAAUUAUUUGUAUAAUUUUGUUUGGUUUUCAAAAUGAAAUGUGAUGAAAACUGGUUUCCAUCUCCCACAUUUAGACUGCAAGACAUGAUGGAUGCUUGGAAAGAUACUAAUUAAAGACUGAAAGUGCAUCUGCUGCCACCCAGCUGACUUCACAGCUAUGAACCAGACUAAACAUUCAUCCAUAUUAGCUAUACAGGCUCAUCCUCGAGGGUCACAGGACACCGGAGCCAAUCCCAGCGGACACUGGAUUAGAGGCAGGGUGUACCCUGGAGUGGACAAGUUGCCAAUCAGUCACAUGACAGAGACAGACAACCAUGCAGGGUCACAUUCAGGGAGUUUAAACUCACUAAUUAAAUGCAUGUCUUUGGACUGUAGGAGGAAACCGGAGCACCUGGAGAAAACCUGCACAGGCAUGGAGAGGACAUGUAAACUCCACACAGAAACGUCCCAAGUGAUUUGACUCAUCAGUUCAGGAAGUGUAACUAAUAAUGAUAACAACAUCAGCUCUGCUGCAUUUAGAUGUGGCUGGAAGUGAACCAGCACUUCCAGAGCACCAGGGGCCUGACACUGAAACAUCUAAAUGAAAUGCAGUGCUAAUUAAUGUCAUUAGUCACACCUGUGUUUGUCGUGAGACGUCAAACAGCCCAUGUCACACCCGGAAUCCUGGUCGCUGAUAAAACUAAUGCUCUGCAACAUCUUCAGUUAAAUAUUGAUGAGGAAAGUACAAUGUAUGAUAAACUGAACAUGUUUUACAGUUUUGUGGGGGUUUUUGUUGUCUACAUGUUUGAAUAUUAAUUUAUAAAGGACAUGAAGGUUUUCUUAUUUAAUGUUUUGUAUCAGUCAUGAUGGGAGACAUGUUCAUAAUGACAUAAAAUUGUUACUGCAAACCCAUUUCUGAUAUUUU